GGUAAAAGCUGCUGCCAGCACCGACCACGACCUCAUUUACUAUUAUUAAUGCUCAAGAAGCAACAUGACAUCCACACAGCAGUGGCUACUGGCCGGUUUGGCGCUUCUGUGUAUUUAUGGAGCGGCUGAAUCUAAGAGGAAUUUCAAAUGCCCUUCAGGAUGCACCUGCACCAAGGAGACCAUCAUCUGCGUCGGUACCUCACAGAUCCCCCGGACUAUACCGAGUGAGAUCAACUCACUGAGCAUGGUAAAUGGAUCUAUUUCUGAAAUCACAGAGGGGAUGUUUUCACUGAUGCCCUCUCUACAGCUGCUACUUCUAAAUGCAAAUUCUUUGACAACAAUCAAAGAUGAUGCUUUCUCCGGCCUCCCACAUCUAGAAUAUUUAUUCAUUGAAGGGAACAAGAUCGAAACGAUCACCAAAAAUGCCUUCCGUGGUCUGCGAGAUUUGACUCAUCUAUCGCUUGCCAAUAACAAGAUGAGGUUUCUGCCAAGAGAUCUCUUUUUCGACUUGGAUUCGUUGCUGGAACUGGAUCUCCGAGGCAACUCUUUCCAGUGCAUCUGUGAGAACAAGUGGCUGAUGAUGUGGCUGAAAAACACAAACGCCACAGUAUCAGAUGUCUUCUGCGCAGGCCCCAGUGACAUGAAGGGCAAGCGGCUCAACGACCUUCCUAUUCCACCGGGCGAGUGCAUCUCCACAGAUUUUGUGCGUCAUCAGUCCAUUCCCAUUCAGUCCAUGUCAGCGGACAUUUUCUUUUUCAAAGAGGACAUCUACGUGGCGAUGGCUGCCCCCAACUCCAACAGCUGUGUGAUCAUGGAGUGGGAUCACAUUGAAAUGAACUUCAGGAAAUUUGACAAUAUAACAGGGAAGUCUGUUGUUGGGUGCAGGUCAGUUCUGAUCGACAGCCAUGUCUUGAUAAUUGUUACCCAGCUCUUUGGAGGCUCCCAUAUUUACAAGUUUGACGAUAGACAAAACAAGUUUACAAAGUUUCAAACUAUUGAGGUCUUCAACAUCUCGAAGCCAAAUGAUAUUGAAGUCUUCCGAAUGGAUGGAGAGUGGUACUUUGUAAUUGUGGACAGCUCCAAGGCGGGUUUGUCGACACUGUACAAGUGGACCGACCAACCGGACCGCAAUGAAACAGGUUUCUUCUCCUACCAGUUUCUCCAUGAGUGGUUUCGUGAUACAGAUGCUGAGUAUGUCGAGUCUGAGGGGAAGUCUUACCUCAUCUUGACCAGUCGGUCUCAGCCGCCUGUCAUCUACCUGUGGAACAAGAGCACCCUGAAGUUCAUAUUUCACAGUGAAAUCCCAAAUGUCGACGACGUGGUGGCAGUCAAGGCUUUCCGGGUGGAGAAUGAGUUGUAUCUGGCCAUGACUUGCUACAUCGGUGACUCUAAAGUCCUCAAGUGGGCCAAUAAGCAGUUCACUGAGGUGCAGGCUCUGCCUUCUCGGGGAGCGAUGAUCCUCCAGCCUUUCACCUUCACAGACAGGCAUUACCUUGCUCUUGGCAGCGAUUAUUCUUUCACACAGAUCUACCUCUGGGAUACCGAGACCAAAACAUUCCACAAGUUCAAGGACAUUUAUGUGCAGUCGCCCCGGACCUUUACUGUAAUGACCACUGACCGCAGGAAUUUCAUCUUCUCCUCCAGCUUCAAGGGCAAAUCGAUGGUUUUUGAGAAUAUCAUUGUAGAUUUAAGCUUAUAAUGCCUCGCAAAACUAUGACUAAUCACAGUAGGAGCUGGUCACUUAGAUCAGUAUUUGUGUUUAUGCUACAAAAGAGACUCAAAUUCUGCAUAUCGUCCUUAUGCAACUAGAUAUAUCUUUCUUGGUUUGAGACAAACAUCUUAGGCAAGUUUCUGCAGCUCAUAUGCAUUUACAGCAAAUAUGGAGGUUUGAUUGGUCCCAAGUCGUUACUGUCAAACUGAAGGCUGACAGAAAUAUUUUAAAAAUGGUUAACAUUGAAAUGAAAACAGCAUGAAGAUAAUUUUAUGGCAUACUAGAUAUUAUUGUAAGAGGUGAUGGUUUUUAUUGUGAUUCUGUAAAACAAGCAAGGACCAAGCCAUGGGGGGUCCAUCUCGGCCAUUGCUACCAUAUAGCCUGGCCAAUCCAUGAGAUGGGAUCCACCGCUGCAAGCAAAAUGUUAGGGGUGGGCGAUACCACAAAAUUUAGUUUCAAUCUGAAAACAAGUAAUACAGGGACAGAAUAGCUGAUAUUGAUACCAGCGCCAAUACUUUUUACUGUUAAAAUCAGCUUAUGUACUUUAAUGUAAGAGAGGACAGUGUGUCAUGAUUUAUGAGGUGAAUAAUCAGUCUGCGAAAAUAACAACUAAAGACGACCAGUUACAGUUUGAAAAUGUAACAUUAACUAAAGAUCCAAUUUGACUAAAAUGUUAAUUUGACGACAGCAUACCUGGAGAUAUAUUUCCUGAGCAUCUCUGUCUUUGUGCCAGGUGUCUGGAUGCUGAGGCAUUUCCCUCCUCCCUUCUUUUCUGUUGCAGCUCCAAGUUCUCUUUCUUGUGGUUUUUAUGCCUCCAUGGCAGUGAUAGCUGUGGCCGGAGACAUUAUGUUUUCAGGCUGUCAGUCCAUCCGACCGUUUGUCUGUCCCACUCACGUGAAGAUAUCUAAAGAACACCCAAAUGUCCCCUUGAAAUCAAGGAUUAAUUGAUUGGAUUUUGGUGGUCAAAGGUUAAAUUCACUGUGACCUUGCGUUCAUCUUGUUCUCAUGAACGCAAUAUCUCAAGAAAGCUUUGAGGGAUUUUCCCCAAAUUUGGCACAAAUGUCCACUUGGACUCAAGGAUGGUCUGAUUGGAUUUUGGUGAUCAAAGGUCAAGGUCCCUGUGACCUUAAAAUCUAUUUUUUUGGCCACAACUCAAGAAUUCAUUUACUAAUUAUGUCAAAACUUUACACAAUUGUCUAACAGGAUAAAAUGAUUAUACAUCCCAAAGGUCAAAUUCACUGUCACAUCAUAAUGUUUUGCGAAAAUACUUUUAUGGCCGUCAUAACUCGGGAACUUGUGCAUGUAAGCUGCAACUUGACUGACCGCGGAGGCAUAGAACCGUGAGGCGGUAAUUCCAGUUUCCUCUUUCGUUCAGUCAUCACUGCAGUUAUGUGUUGAAUUAAACUAGUCAGGUUGUGCGCUGAGUGUGCACGAUGCAUAUGUUAUUUAUGCUUGUCUUUUUAAUGCACACAGCUUGACAACAGCAGUAGAGAGGCAAGAAAUACAUGUAUUAGAUGUAUUUACAACAACAGGGUAUUGUUUACAGAGACAGUUUGGCUCCUUAAAUACUGGGUAUAACAUAGAAGAGGGAAACUGAUCCUUAUUUUGGUAUCAAUCCUAUUGAUGCUGGAAUCGAUCUUCAAAACGAAAACUUAAUAUCUGUAACAUUGAUAUUUUGGUAUUUGUCCACCCCUACAAAAUGUCCACUCUAAACUCUGUGGAUGAAUUGAUUUGUUUGAGACAGCUGGAACCUUGCCUUCUGAGCAGUCAGUAAAAAUGUUGAAGUCAUGUCGUCCCAGAAACUGUUACAUCUUCCUUAAUGUGAUUUAAAUGUGCAUGAAACAGAAGUUUUCUUCAAGAUGUUUGUCCCUGAAAUACAGCUGAAUGUAUUAGCUUAGUAUUAUGAGCUUCAGCCUAAUUACACAGCAUUUAUAACAAGCUACUGUAUUAACAGAGUGCCUGAUUAGUGUCAGAACUAAAUAUAAUUUACUCCUGAUUCCUAUGCAAAGUGUAUAAUACUGAGUGUUGCUCUGAAUUACAAUCACAAGGUUAAGUGUGUGCUGCUAUGUGACUUAAAAUGACACUUACAUGGUCUUAAGACACAGAUAUGUGCUCUUUUCUUUAAGAUACUGAUCUUUUGUUAUUUUCCAUGUAUUGUACAGAUUUAAUUAUGGCUUGGAAUAUAAACAUUUUUCACAUACGUAACAGUAGCAUGAUGUGUAAAUUACCCCGUGGUCAAACAUCUUAAUGUUACAAAAUGCUAACGAGCAUAAGCAAUAUGUUUUUGUUUGCGUUGAAAGCAGAAAACAUUAUUGCCCUUCUGUCUGUCCUCAUGUCCUGCAUAAGAAUGAGUUUGUGGAAAUGCA